CUGUUCCUUCUCCUUCAUCACUUUUUCUUCAUUGCCAAAAUAUGCAAAUGGCUUUCAGAGUAGCAUCGUCUCCUGUUGUUAGACGAGCCAAUAUCUCUCUCUUCUCACUUCCUGCUUAUCUCACUGCCAAAUUCCCCUCUUCUUCUAAAUUUCUUCCCAAUCCCAACCCUUCUCUGCUCAAUCAAAAUGGACCAAGAUAUUCGAUUAGGGCAAUUAGUGGAACAACUGUGGCACCCAACAAGGAUAUUAAUGAAGAGAAAUCUCCUGAAAACUGGACAAUUAAGAUGCUUUACGAUGGAGAGUGUCCCCUCUGCAUGCGUGAGGUUGACAUGCUAAGAGAGAGGAAUAAAAGUUAUGGAACAAUUAAAUUUCUUGACAUAAGUUCAGAUGAAUACCGCCCAGAGGAGAAUGAAGGCCUCGAUUAUGAGACGGUCAUGGGAAGAAUACAUGCUAUACUAUCAGAUGGAACUGUGGUUACAGAUGUUGAGGUGUUUAGACGGCUGUAUGAAGCAGUUGGUUUAGGAUGGGUGUAUGCAAUUACAAAAUAUGAACCUAUUGCGACCAUUGCUGAUACUGUGUAUGGAGUCUGGGCAAAAUACCGUCUUCAAGUAACAGGUCGACCAUCUUUAGAAGAAGUUCUGAAGGCACGAAGGAAGAAGGAGGAAAUGUGUAAGGACAGCAAGGCUUGCAAAAUGUAGGAGUUCCUGAAUGCUGGAGCCAGCAGGUGUUCAUUAAUGGAGUCAGAUCUACUUCUACGCUCUUGCUGAGGUUAAUAUGGUGUACAAAUGCAGAAGACCUUACAGUUGCUUUAGUCUUUUUAGCAAUUAGUACUAUAGAAUUAUAUACAGAGCAGUUGUUUUGAAUUGCUCUACGUAUCUAAAGAAAAUAGCAUAUAGUAGAGUAUACAGAAUCAACAAUGUAAUAAAAUACAUUUUGUUUCUCUAAACUGAUUCAAUAAAUGGGAUUUAACACAAAAAAGGAUUCUCCUCCUUGUUCUUUUGAAAAUCCUGCAUACCUUGUCAUGUCAUGUGUUCUGCUAACAGGUGAAUACAACAACAACAACAACAAGCCCAGUGAAAUCCCACUAGGUGGGGUCUGGGGAGGGUAAAGUGUACGCAGACCUUGCCACUACCUCGUAGAGGUAGAGAGGCUGUUUCCGGGAGACCCUCUGCUAACAGGUGAAUGCCAGAUGCAAUUCAUCUCACCAGUGUUAGUCAUGGCAUUAAGAGUAAAAUCUAUCACUAAUCAUGCAGAGUUCCAUGUUUCAGAAUCUAAAUAUGACCAUCAAAAGCUGCUUCUUCAUUUAGAUUUUUUUUCUUUUUUUUUUUGGAAAUGCUUAAUACUUAGACCUCAUGUCAAACUGGUUAUAAAUGGAAGCUCAUUAAAUAAUCAGGCUCGUUAGUUCAUCAAAUCAUUGCUGAUGAGAAUACUAACCGCGAUCAAUAACUUUCUACCCUGUCAAGGCCAGAGGUGGCAAAAUCAGCCCAUGAAAUCAUUACCUGCCCAAACAGGUAUGAUCUUUCUAAGUCGGACAAUUCAGUCAACAAGGCAAAAUUAAAUAGAGAAGGCAGAGAAGCAGUAAUAAGUAUUAAGAGUGGUAGUACUUGAGGUUGAGGAUAUUCAGAAUCGACGAGACAGACAAAAACUAAUAUGAAA